AUGUCUGACGCCUCCCCCAACCCCGCCGGUGCCUCCCCUCGCGCUGCUGCCAUCAGGAGACGCACCACCAACUCCUCGUCCAAGGAGAAGACCUCCCGCGCCCCUGGCCCUAGCACUGCCGGUAUGAUGCGCAUCUACACUGACGACUCUCCCGGUCUCCGCGUUGACCCCGUCGUCGUCCUUGUCUUGUCGUUGGCUUUCAUCGCCUCCGUCUUUGCUCUCCACAUCUACGGAAAGUUGACCAAGGCCUAA